AUGGCACUGGCCAGCUCCUCUCGAUUUUCUGGCAGUCUACGAUUUCCUGGGGAUGAAGACAUCAUCUCCUUCUAUCAGAGCGAUGAUCAAUUUCAGAAGCCGCAAGCCAUCGAUUCCGAGUCUCGUCCAGAUGGACCUGGUGCUGAGGUGGAGUCGCAACAGAGUGUUUGGACGGGCGAGAGCCUGUACGUGCGAAUUUUUGAAGAUAUCAUCAUGACGGUGUUAGAACAUGAAGAACAUCUGUUCACUCCAUCUGAGCUGGGGAUGUUGCACAGAUUUCGCGCCAUGCCAUACUAUUCUCGCUACCUCUUGAUUCGCCUUCUUCUCCGAAAGCGAGGUAAAUGGCACCGGGUCGACGACCUUCGCGCUCGCUACUCUCAUGAGUUUGGGGACAAACUGGAAGACGCAAUAUCCGAACUCUGCGAUGGGUGUGUCCGCAUGUCUCCAACUUCUGAAACAUCGGAGAAAAAAAAAUCCCCCUCGAAUUUGGAUGCUGAACUUCGGAAAGCUCUCGCCGCAAGUCUACUUUCCUUUGAAGCGGAAGAGAAGGCCCGACAAGUGUGUCCUCUCAAGGAGGAAAUGGAAUCUGAUAAGAUUCUGUCUGACCACAGUCUUUCCAUGCUCAAGUGCACGGAGGUUGAGAAACACGAGGCGGUUCUAUUUUUCGCGUUUCACUGUGAAGCUGCGAGCCUCGAUGAGCUGCUGGAGACGCUGAGCUUGGACGAGCUGCGGGAUUUGGCGAGGCAGAUGAAGAUCAAGCACACGCAGAACAGGAAACAGCUUAUUCUUGCUCUUGCUGGGCAUGCGUCGAACCAGAUAACGCUUUCCUUUACCAAAUCCGAUCGUAAUACCCCCAGGACGUCUGGUUCCCAUUCACUGCUCCCAUUCACGUCAAUCGCCAGGAGUCAGGAAGAUCGAGUUCGUUCAUUGAUCUUGAAGAAGAUCACUUCUGCGGUCAAGCUCAACGACCACAUUUGCCAAAUAUUUUCUCGCUUGAGUCUUAUAUUCUUCAGAAGUACAACGCCCACAGAUGUUUUGCUUCCCCUCAUCUUGGCUUCAUUCAAGCGACGCCAUUACCCACCCUAUGAAACGAAGAGAACCCCGUCUAUUUUUCCGACUCGAGAAUUGCUGCUUGAAUAUGAAUAUGCGUUGAAUCUUGAGGGGCGCGUCGACUCCUUACUGCAAGGUCAAGAAGGUUACAAUUUGGAGAGAUUGGAAAUCGCCAGGGGCGUGAAAGCACUUGCGCUCAGUGUGUAUUCUCAAUGGGAAGGACUUGUCGCGGAAGUUGGGAGUGAAAGUAUGGCGCAACGAGACAGUCUGCGGCGAUUCGAUCCUGGUCAUAUCCUCACGCGCAUUGUCGGAAAGCUUGCAGAAGCAUAUGGUCAACUCCGUGAAUACGAAGACGAGAUGCGCAUACUGCGUGCUUUGCUCUCACAACAGCGAUGGCGCCAGGGGAAGCGAGGAGGAUGGUACGAGCGUUUGGCCCUUAUUCUCAUGACGCACUGCGGAAAGGAACGAGACACCUAUGAGGAAGCGAUGAAAGUCGCGAUUACGGGACUAGAAGAUCCCAAGACGCAUUUAAUCUAUCGCCCUUCGUUGGAGAGACGACUUACACGCCUGGAAAAGAAGUUGGAAGUCACUGAGGAGACGCGUCGUAUACACACUGUGUUCCUGCGCAAACCUACAAUCAAUACCAUUAUUGGCAUCCGAAUACUCAAACCCAACGCUUUGACCGACGACCUUCGAUCUCCGUUGAAGCGAUCGCAGUCGAGUGAGAAAGAAAAUAGAUCAAGCGACGACAAUGCUCCACCAAAGGCUCCCCCUGGAAUGAAAUCUAUUUGGCAAGGGCGAGACGAAGAAGUCACCGUGGAAAAACUUGCGUUGGAGUGGUACGAAAAGCGUGGAUAUCGUGGCUUUCACUCUGAAGGCCGAAUCGUGUCCACGCUUUUCACUCUCCUUUUCUUUGAUAUUUUGUAUAUGCCGAUUCCCGGGGCGUUCGAGACCAAAUAUCAGACCGCGCCGCUUGAUUUGACGUACGACACCUUCUAUUCUGUGCGCCGAGAAGCGAUCGAUAAGCGACUAGAAGAACUACGAGCGGGACAGGGCCCUCGUAUAAUUGCUGACGUGGAUGAUCGAGAGCGUCCAAAUCAGACUUGGUGUGUGGGCGUUCGAUGGGACAUGUUCGAAAAGGGCGAUUUGGUGGGGAUUGCGGAGGGUAUUGGCGGCGAAGGACUAUCUGCGAUCUGUCGCUUGCUCUGCGAAGAAUAUGGUCAGAGGGGUAGUGGGGUUCCCGACCUCAUUAUCUGGAAUGCCGCCAAGAAGACUGCUAAAUUCGUCGAGGUCAAGGGGCCUGGGGACAAUCUUAUGGAGACGCAAAAGAUCUGGGCCGAUGUCCUUCUCUGCGCCGGUGUAGAUAUGGAAGUCUGUAGAGUUGUGGAAGAGGAGAUCUACGACAAAACCCGAAAAAACACACCAAAAGCCAACAAACGAAAAGUUGAGGUAAUUGUCCUGGACUCCGAUGAUGAUGAAGCCCCGAGAAGUGUUUCCCGGCCGUUAACCGAUGCCACUGCGAAGACAUGUAACAACAACAAGAAGAUUCGCGCUUGA